AUGUUCUCGUCGCACGCCUCUAUAACAAAGGACUCACACAUCACACCGCCUUCGAGUUUCGCAGCCCAUCCUCUAACGCCGCCGCCGACCGACGAGAAGCUUUUCGCGCAUGCCCCUAGAGUUAUCGCGCUUUUCAAAGAGAUCCGGGCUGGAAGGCACGCCAAGCGAGAGCCGUGGACUGAGUUUCAGCUCUCGGCAGGAGAGUACGAUGAGAUAGAGCGUCAACUGGAGCAGGACGAGGACCUGUCGGGAUACGUCAAAGACAAGAUACGGUAUGAUUACAGCACAGAAAGUGAUUGUUUGGUCGUCCGCAUACCUACGGCCGUACACGAAUUGUUCGUGGCUCGCAUUGAAGAUGCCAUAUUCAGCCAGCUGAAAUCGAUUCGUGACGGUCUUGGUGCCGCAGCAAGAUUUGCUGAGAAGGUGUACCCAGCUCGUUCUACGGAAGUACACUUUCCAGUCCACAAUACUGCAUCCGGCAGAAUUUCGAAACACGAGCCGGACGCGUCUUUUUCGCACGAAGAUGCGCAAUACCCUGGGGUUGUGAUUGAAGUGGCAUAUUCACAGAAGAAGAAGAGGCUGGGCCGGUUAGCUGAAGACUACCUUCUGGACUCAGACGCGAGCGUGCGAGUUGUGGUAGGUCUUGAUAUCGAAUACGGGAGUCGAGAGUCGCGCGAGGCCACUUUGUCGGUAUGGCGGUCUCGAAUCUUCAACACGGAUGAUGGAGUUGAGCUACGAGUUGUCAAUGAAGUUGCAGAUGAAGUGAGCACUCACUUAAUCGGACAUCUCAUGUCUUUGGUUACUAACACAUCGCAUGCGUUUCGCGACGAAGGAGGCAACUCUACGGAUCACCCAGGCAUACAACUUCAACUGGCUGACUUUGCUUGUGAGGAACUUACAGGGGACGUGAUCCAUAUUGAAGGACUGAAUGUCACUGUAUCCGGCCAGGAUCUUUGUCAAUAUCUUGCUGCAGCAGAAGCCAAAUUGCGAGGACAGAGGACACUCAUCAAACACUCGAUCCUCCCUGAAGUGAAGAAGCGCAAACGAUCGGAAACACUACCAGAGACGAUGGUUUCUGAUGAUGAGGCAAAAUAUAAGGCGGAGGAGGAGCGAGCAGUGAAGCGUGUUGCAGACCAUGAUCUUAACUACAGAGAUACGUAA